AUGGGGCGCAGUGGGAUGCAAUGGGGCGCAGUGGGGUGCAGUGGGGCGCAGUGGGGUGACGCUGUGGUGGCGGUGCGCGGCCGCAGGGGGGCGCACGUGUCGCUGCUGGCGCGCACCGCGGCGCUGCCCGCGCGGGACCUGCGCGCCGUGGCCGCGCGCUUCGACUCCGUGUUCCUGAGCCCCCGCUCGUACGAGUGCGCGCGGCUCGCGGCCGGCACCGCCUGCGCCGCCGUCAGCGCCGUGCUCCGCGCGCAGGUCCGCAACGCCGUGGCCAUCGUGCGCCCCCCCGGGCACCACGCGGGUCCCGGCGCCGCCGGCGGCUUCUGCCUCUUCAACAACGUGGCGGUGGCGGCGCAGCACGGCCAGAGCCUGGCGGGGGGGGCGCUCCGGGUGCUGAUCCUGGACUGGGAUGUUCACCACGGCAACGGCACCCAGAAGAUCUUUGAGGAGGACCCAAGCGUGCUCUACAUCUCCCUGCACCGCCACGACGGCUCCUUCUUCCCGGGGGGGUCGGGGGGGUCCCCGCGCCGCCGGGGGAGGGGCCGCGGCACCGGCUUCACCAUCAACGUGGGCUGGGGGGGGCCCCGCGCCGGGGACCCCGAGUACCUGCUGGCCAUGACCCGGCUCGUGCUGCCCGUGGCUUGCCAGUUCUCCCCACAGCUGGUGCUGGUGUCGGCCGGGUUCGACGCGGGGCGGGGGGACCCACUUGGGGGGUGCCUCGUGUCCCCCCCCACCUUCGGCCUCAUGACCCACCUGCUGGGGGGGUUGGCGGGGGGGCGCCUCGUGCUCGUCCUUGAGGGCGGGUACAACCUGGGGGCGACAGCGGAGGGGAUGGGGCAGUGCCUGGGGGUGCUCCUGGGGACCCCCCCGGUGCUGCCCCCCCCCCGGCACCCCCCAACCCGCGGCGCUGCGGGACCUGGAGCGGAGCCGCCGCCUGCAGCGGGAGUGGAGCUGCCUCCGCCUGCCCCACGGCGGUCCCCCCGGAGCCCCCCCCCGCGGCAGCAGAGGGCAGCGAUGACGUCACACGCAGCGACGAUGACAUCACCCGCGGCGACAAUGACAUCACCCGCGGUGGCAAUGACAUCACGUGCGGCGGUGAUGACGUCACAGCCCCGCCCCUGGACGCCAUCUUGCGCCUGGAGGAGCUGCACCUCGGGGACCCCCCGGGGGGGGCGGAGCCUCCUCCAGGCCCCGCCCCCUUGGGAGGGGCGAGCGCGGGGCCCCCCUCCCCCCCCUGCCCGGAGGAGGAGGAGCCCGAGGAGGGGGCGCUGUUCGCCGUGACCCCGCUGCUGGACUGUCCACACCUAGGCGCGGUGGCGCCUCCUUCCGGGGUGGGGCUGGAGGGCGGGGACGCCCCCUGCCGGGCGUGCGGCAGCCGCCGCGAGAACUGGCUCUGCCUGAGCUGCCACCAGGUGCUAUGUGGGCGCUAUGUGGGGGGGCACAUGCUGGAGCAUGGGGGGGCCGAGGGGCACCCCCUGGUCCUGAGCCUGCGGGACCUGUCAGCCUGGUGCUACCCCUGCGGGGGGUACGUCCAUCACCCCAUCCUGAUCCCGGCCAAGACCCUCCUCCACCGCCUCAAGUUUGGCUUUGACCCCCCCUCCUGCUGACCCCCCCUCCACCCCCAUCAUCUCCGUGCCCCUCCCCCACUCUCUUAAAGGGCUACACACGUGCCAACCCCCCCUCCCCCAUCACCAGCACCCCCACCCCCCCUUUGGGCCACAGGCUGGGCCGGGCCCAGAGACAUGGGGGGGAAGGGAGGAGUAGCGAGGGGGGGGACCCACCCCCCAAAAAACAGCCUUAUGGGGGGGUCCGGGGGGGAGAACCCCACUUUUUAAGCCCCAACCCCCCCUUUUGAAGUUUUUAAUCCACUUGUUUGUAACGACGGAGAAAUAAAGGUCACGGGAGAGAA